CGGCGAAGUAAAGACGUGGCGAUUGCUGAUUUAGAUCGAUCCGUUUUCUGUUCCGUAACAGUAUAUCAGGUGAUAGUGAACACGACAGGUAGAAAAAUUACGCGUGAAGUAUGCCUUACAAGGUCGUCCAAACGAUAGAGAAUGGAAAAAUAUGCCUUUCUGUUGUACCAAACAACUGGGAGAAAGAGGGGACCCUGUCUUGGCCUCCAAGAUCAGAAGCUAGCAGCAUGUUAGAUGAAAACUCUGUCCCUGGGAAGAAUUGGUCCACCUUUCCAUGUAUCGUUAAAAGAAUAUGCAACACAUAUAAGGCGGCUGGUCUCGCUGUCAAAGCUAUGGAAAAUGUGACUGACACGGAUGAGGAAGUCCCCACCAGAGUCAUUCCACUCCCACAAGAAAAUGAUGCUGUUUUAGAUUUGAACCACUUAAUGGAAGUUGAUGGGGAUUCAACAGCUGUAGUGUCACCAAUUACUGUGACCAUAAGUGACAAUGCGAUGGCGGACCGCAUUUCCCUCACUGAUGUGAACGCUUCAUUUUUGCUCAAAAAUGACAACGAAGAAGUGAUAAAAAAUCAAGCAAAGAUAAUGGAAAUACUUCAAGAUGUUCAAAAUACUCAAAAAAGAAUCUUGCAACAACUUGCUAGACAUGAAGUACAAUUUAUAGAAUUGUUAAAUAAAAUGGCAGAUUGUAGCGUUACUACAAUGACGAGAACCAACUGCGAGAGCUCUGUAGAAGAACGUUUUCCUCCUAUAAAAACAGUAGAAGAGCUGUUUCAGUUGGAAGAUAAUUUAAAGGAUCCAGAAUUUAGAAGCAAAUAUUAUAAAAUUAUGUCAACUUUAUGCUCUCCCGGCUUAGGAGCAAAAGGGACCAACAUUUGCUACAAAGUAAUAGAUUAUUUCUUUACCAGGGAACUCUUAACUUUGGUUUCAUGGAGUGGCAAUUCUGGAGAUCAAAAUGAAAAAAUUGCUUUUAAGUUCUUCACACAGACUCGUCAGAUGUUUUUUUCAGUAAUACACAAUGCUGAUUCAACUAUAAGUCAAUUAGAGACUGACAAUUUUAUGAAGGCAAUAAUAAAAAAUUCAAGACAACGUUUUCAGGCGACUUUAAAACCUGUGUCAGUUAGUACACCAACAAAUCGUAAAAAGAGAACUACUAAUUCAAAAUCACUCAGUGAUGCUGCAGAAUCAAACAUAGAGUGCGCUGCAGAUGUAGAGGUUGAACAGCAUUCAGUCAAUGUUGAUGAGCAGCUGUUAAUCAGUCACAUUUAAUAUCUACCGGGACGGUUAUUUUUGUUUUGUUUGUGAAAGCUUAUUUUUAAUGAGACUAUAUAAAAACUUUUUUAUUUUUGUUUAACUUUUGUGUUAGAGCUUAUACCUAACUUUAGGUUGGUACCUAGUAUAAAAUUACCUACUGAAACUGAUUGCAAAUUAUUAAAAACCCUAAGAUUGUUUAUAAGAUAAAGAGACUGAUUUUAUUUGUUAAGUUAAACUGAUUGUUAAGGGUUAUAGUAAUAAUGAAUAAAAAG